UGCAAAUACACAGUUACCUCAGCGGGGCUAGUCAGCGGUCAAAACAGUCAACAUAUCUGCAGCUUUUAAGGCAUUAAUAGUUGUACCAAAGAGUUUUAAAUGAGUCUAGUUUAACCGUAAACAUUCACCCUCGGACCUUUUGCGUUCAACAAGAAGAAACGAUGGACAUUAACUAUUAUUUUCAGGCCUUCGAGCUGAGCGUGCGCAGCUAUGCUGGAGGAGACCCGCUGGAUGCCUGGGAUAAGUUUGUGCAGUUUCUGGAGAGCAAGCUGCCGCUGGAAGAGAGGAAGGGUAUAUCUGUGGUGCUGGAGCGCCUGGUGCAGACCUUCCUUCAGGAGGAGCGAUACCACAACGACCCGCGGUACAUCACUCACUGCCUCAGAUGUGCGAAUUUCUGCAGCGAUCCCAUCGAGGUGUACAGCUAUCUGCACAGCCAGGGCGUGGGGACGCAGACGGCGGCGCUCUAUAUAGACUGGGCCCGUCAGUACGAGGAGAAAGGCCAGCUGUCCCAGGCUGAGAUGGUGUACCAGAGAGCUCUGGAGAGCAAGGCUCAGCCACAGGACAGUGUGCUGCAGCAGUACAGGCUCCUCCAGGGCCGGAUGUCUGUGAGUGCUCAGACAGAUGCAUCAGAUCAUGUGCGGCAGCCUCUUCAGAACUCACAGCUGGUGAACCAGAACCCCAGACAGAGAGACGCUGUUCAAGCACAGUGCAAGGAUCCAGAAGAGCCCUCUCCUGCUCCUAGAAUGGUGCGAAUAAUCUCGCGCUCGGAGAAUAACCCGGUCCGGACAGGUGGCGGUAACAGCGUGGAGUGUGUGUCCAUGUACUGUGUGAAUGAGCUGCUGUGUGAGGGAUCGGAGCUGUCUUUUGAGGAGCUCAGAGCCAGACGCUACUUUGCUAAAUGUAGGCAACAGGAGGAACAACGCCAACUGGGUGAGAAGACUUUCCUACACUACACAUGCACCGAUCAAACACAUGGAGCGGCGUUCCACAGAGUUGAAGCCCCUGAGUCAGUGUGGUCCUCCAGGCCUCAGACAGGCCUGCAGCUUCAGACGGAGCACUCCGCAGGGCAUGCUGGGAAGUGGAACAGCAGUGUGGCAGAAACAAGCCAUCCACUGACCGCUCCGUUACCCAGUGCAGCCUGCGGCUCUCGACCCGAGAGCGUGAGUGGAGCUAGAGAGAGUCUGCUGGGACAGAUAGAGAGCACAGCAGUGCUGCGGGAUCCCAGCACAUCCCUGAUCCAGAGCAGCUGCUGCGCUGUCCCUGACACCAGAGAGACUGACUCGUGUGAUCAGGGUGAUGUGGAUGCAAACGCAGACAUGUCAUGUGGCGGGUUCAAUCACUCUCAUGUCACUCCAAACACAUCUCUGGGUUACGCUCAUGCCACACCGUCCCGUGCUCUCCCUUCCCCCACUGUCAACACGCGUGAGGCUUUGGGUGUGAUCAUGGACAUGUUUCAGGCUCCCACCCUCCUCCAGGAGUCCAUGUUCAACAGCACUGUUCAGCCGGAGGACAGCUUUGAGAAGAGCUGCAGAAUCAGCAGCGCCCCCUCAUGUGUUAAAGCUCUCAGCGCAACUCCAUUCAUGAUAUACCAGGACAGAGAUGAGCAGGAGAACGGAGGGCAGACAGGCCUGCAGCUUCAGACGGAGCACUCCGCAGGGCAUGCUGGGAAGUGGAACAGCAGUGUGGCAGAAACAAGCCAUCCACUGACCGCUCCGUUACCCAGUGCAGCCUGCGGCUCUCGACCCGAGAGCGUGAGUGGAUCUAGAGAGAGUCUGCUGGGACAGAUAGAGAGCACAGCAGUGCUGCGGGAUCCCAGCACAUCCCUGAUCCAGAGCAGCUGCUGCGCUGUCCCUGACACCAGAGAGACUGACUCGUGUGAUCAGGGUGAUGUGGAUGCAAACGCAGACAGUGUGAUCAUGGACAUGUUUCAGGCUCCCACCCUCCUCCAGGAGUCCAUGUUCAACAGCACUGUUCAGCCGGAGGACAGCUUUGAGAAGAGCUGCAGAAUCAGUAUUCCAAUCAUGGAGCAGAGUCCAGCGGAGGAGAAGCCGUCAGAGCUGGCGGAGUGCAGCAUGCAUGCUCAGGGCACUAUUGUUGGGGAAGGAGUGUCAUUAGCUCAGCCGAGUCAAGGGCUUUCUCUGGCCCAACACAGCCAAAGCACUUGCAGCAGCAGCAGACAUCCUCUGGCUGCCCUGUCCUUCCCUGACAACACAGCCCUGAGGGCACACGACGAGUCCAUGAGGAGCAGCACCAGACCUAGCUGGAGCGUUUAUCAGAGCCCAGAGAAAGAGCCCACACUCCCAGCGACAGUUGUUGAUGUUCUCUUGCCGAAGAGGUCCUUUCACAGGCGCAAGUCAGGGAAAAAGCCACUGGAAGAGAACCAGGAUGUCUUCCAUGAGCAAGAUGUCCUCACGAGUCCGAAAGCCGCCCCGAGACCGCACUGGCUCCAGAUGAACAGCUCGACGCACGCAGCAGAGCCAGAUCUUGAUGUCAUGAAGAGUCCUCCUGCGGUCUCUGGAGUGUCCUGGACCAUCCACCAGAGCCCCGAGGAAGCUCCCGAAACGGACUUCCUGUGGGAGACAAUCCCAGAACCAGUGGGGCAGAAUUCAGAUGUGCUCUCAGCACACGAGGAAGUAGAUGUUCUGCUUCCCAAGAAAUCAUUCCAGCGGCGGAAAUCAGGGGUAAAAGCGCUGCAGGCGUUGCAUGAAUCUCUCUUAAUGAGUCCAAAGCAAGCCCUUAAACCGGCUCAGGAGGAGCCCAGGAGUCCAGGUCUAGGCUGGUUCUGCGCCGACAGCCCACAGAAGCCGAGUGAACCAGAUUUGGAUGUCAUGGCCAGCCCACCGCAGAGCUCCCGGACCCCAGAUGCCCCCAUGAGCCCGAUGGACACAUCCAGAGCAGUCUGUGUCCAGCUGCUGUCAGACCCCUGGGAUGAGGAGCUGAUCAUGUCUCUGCUCUCCAGCCUGCAGCCUCCUCUCUCCUCCAACCCCAACCUCACCGCCUGGAGCUGUCGCCUGCCCGCCAUCACGCCCAAAAUGACCGUCCAGAUUGCUGGAGAGUCGCUGCGAGUGGACUUCGUUCUUGGACAGGGAGCGUUUGCCACAGUGUACCAGGCCACCAACCUCAUGAGCACACAGAAACUCUUCCUAAAGGUGCAGAAGCCAGCGAACCCGUGGGAGUUUUACAUGGACAGCCAGCUGAACGCCCGUCUGCAGCCCAGCGUGCGGCACCUCUUUAACACCAUAUACUCUGCCCACCUCUUCACCAACGGCAGCGUCCUGAUCGGAGAGCUGCACAACUGUGGCACGCUGCUGAGAGCUAUAAACCUGUACAAGAGCCGCAGUGAGAAGGUGAUGCCGCAGCCUCUGGUGCUGUACUUCACCGUCUGCAUCCUGCACAUGGUGGAGCAGCUGCAUCAGGCCAGCAUCAUACACGCCGAUAUCAAGCCCGACAACUUCCUUUUGGGAGAGAGGUUUCUGGAGAAUGACUGCUUUGAGCAGGAUCACCUAGAGCACGGCUUGGCUCUGAUUGACCUCGGGCAGAGCAUCGAUAUGACGCUCUUCCCAGAAGGCACUGCGUUCACUGCCAAAUGCAUGACUUCAGGCUUCCAGUGUGUGGAGAUGCUGAGCGGCCGACCCUGGACCUAUCAGACUGAUUAUUUUGGCGUUGCGGGGACGGUCUACUGUAUGAUGUUUGGGACGUACAUGCAAGUUAAACAGGAAGGUGGCAUUUGGAGAACCAAUGGAGUUUUCAAAAGGAACGUUCACGCUGAUCUGUGGCAGGACUUCUUCCACACGCUGCUGAACGUGCCGGACUGCAGCUCUUUGCCGUGUCUGCGCAGCCUCCGCCUGCGAUUCGAUGCCGUCCUGCAGCAGAAUUACAGCAGCAAACUGCGCAGUCUGAAAAACAGGCUGGUGGUGCAGAUCCUGGAGGCUCGCUCCUCACGCAGAUGAUGCUCCUGCUUUCAAAGCUUUGGUCUGCUGUGAACACUGAGGCUUCAUUCAGCCGUAUUCAAACACUGCCACUUUCUGUAGGUGAGACGCUGUCUGUGUAGAAUGAUACACACUGCUUUCUUUUUUCCAUUGCUACUUCAUUUUACUCUGAUGAUUUUAAAUUGUAAAAAAAAUAGCCAAUGGAGCCUUUUGUAGAUUUCAAUAAAUCGUGGUUCAGAAA